GCAAUCGCAAAGCCAGUCUCCGCGCCUCCAUCAUCUCCCCCUUCGAUCCCCAUUAUCGGAAUUGGGAGACAUUUCUAGUACUACUUGUCUUCUACACAGCAUGGGUAUCUCCCUUUGAGUUUGGCUUCCUGGAAACACCAAGUGGACCUCUCGCCAUCUCCGACAAUGUUGUGAAUGCAUUUUUUGGUAUAGAUAUUAUAUUGACAUUCUUUGUUGCCUACCUUGAUAGAACAACUUAUCUUCUCAUUGAUGACCCCAAGAAGAUUGCUUGGAGAUACAUAAAAAGCUGGUUGGUUUUGGAUGUGAUAUCCACAAUCCCUUCUGAACUUGUGAGGAAAAUUUGGCCCCACUCCCUUCGUCCAUAUGGCUACUUUAGCAUGCUCCGCCUCUGGCGUCUUAGGAGGGUCAGUGCCAUGUUUGCCAGGUUGGAGAAAGAUAAGAACUUCAGUUAUUUUUGGAUUCGGGUUGCAAAGCUUAUAAGUGUUACUUUGUUUACAGUUCACUGUGCAGGCUGUUUAUACUAUCAUAUUGCUGUGCAGAACCCCGACCCUAAACAAACAUGGCUUUCGUUAACCAUGAAUGAUAUUGAGAAGCAAAGCAUUUGGGCUCAUUAUGUGACAUCAAUAUACUGGUCCAUUACAACACUUACAACAACUGGUUAUGGGGAUUUGCAUCCUGUGACCAUAUCAGAAAAGAUAUUUGUCAUGUUGUACAUGCUGUUUGACCUUGGGUUGACAGCUUAUCUCAUUGGAAACAUGACCAACUUGGUUGUUCAUGUGACCAGUAGAACCAGGAAAUUUAGGGAUACCAUUCAAGCUGCUACAAGCUUUGCUCAAAGAAACCAAUUGCCAGUUCGCCUACAGGAUCAGAUGCUAGCCCAUUUGAGUUUGAGGUAUAGGACAGAUGCUGAAGGCUUGCAGCAGCAAGAAACUCUUGAAGCACUGCCAAAAGCCAUUAGAUCCAGUGUUUCACAUUACCUUUUCUAUUCGCUAGUUGAUAAGGUGUAUUUGUUCCAUGGAGUUUCUGACGACUUGCUCUUCCAAUUGGUAUCUGAGAUGAAGGCAGAAUAUUUUCCUCCAAGAGAAGAUGUCAUAUUGCAAAAUGAAGCACCAACAGAUUUAUACAUACUAGUAACUGGGUCACUGGAAGUCAUAUCUCAAAGGAAUGGAGUACAGCAGGAGGUUGGAGAGUUGAAGGCAGGUGAUAUUUGUGGAGAAAUUGGUGUUCUCUGUUAUCGGCCACAACUUUUUACCAUUAGGACGAAAAGACUGAGCCAGCUCCUCCGCUUGGAUCGCACAUCAUUUUUUAACAUUGUUAAAGCAAAUGUAGGGGAUGGCACAAUUAUAAUGAACAAUCUCCUUCAGCAUUUGAAAGGCAGAAGAGACCCCAUGAUGGAAUCAAUCUUGGCAGAUACUGAGCACAUGCUGGCUCAGGGAAGAAUGGAUAUGCCUCUCAGUUUAUGUUUUGCGGCGAAUAGAGGAGAUGACCUAUUGUUGAACCAAAUGUUGAAACGUGGCAUGGAUCCAGACGAGUUCGAUGGCAAUGGACGUACAGCUCUGCACAUUGCAGCAUCAAGUGGAAGUCUGGAAUGCGUACUUCUACUUUUGGAUUAUGGAGCAGAUCCCAAUAAAAUAGAUUCGGAGGGCAAUGUCCCACUAUGGGAAGCCAUAAUGGGAAAACACAAAGCUGUUAUAAAACUACUACUCGACAACGGUGCAACCUUAUCCUCAGGCGACGUAGGCCAGUUUGCUUGCUCCGCGGUGGAGCAAGGCGACUUAGACCUAAUGAAGGACAUCAUUAAGUAUGGAGGGGAUGUCACACUCCUCAACAGUUUAGGAACCACGGCGCUGCACAUGGCAGUUUCAGAAGAGAAUGUCGAAAUGGUUAAGUUUCUUUUGGAGCAGGGAGCCGAUAUGGAGAAACCAGAUGUGCAUGGGUGGUCAGCAAGGGCACUUGCAGAGUAUCAGGGGCAUGAAGAGAUAAAAGAAGUGUUUAGGUCCAAGGAAGAGUAUAAUGGGAGACAUAUUCAGGUGCCCGAACCAAAGGCACCUUACCUGAAGAAGUACCGGAGUGAGUCAGCAAUUGCCCCGCCGCCAUUACACUCGUCCGAGAUACCAUCAUCAUCAGGACCAAUUCGUGGGCCCGUGUUACUACCAGGACAUAUCAGGGGCAGCAGCUUGUCAAGCAAUACGAAAUGGAGGACGAGGGCUUCUCACUAUCGCAAAUCACUGAUUGGCUUCAUGUCAGCCCAGUCUGGUCCUAAAGAAGAACGGUUUGAAGCGGGUAAGGGUGGCACAUUCAGCUUCAGAGGACAGCAAAGUCCUCCAGCGAGGGUAACCAUUAUUACUACAACAUGCCCACCACCGCCACCGCCACCGCCAUCAUCAGAGGGAAGGAUGACGACGACAAUGAUGGUGGCAUUGCCUCAGUCCAUGAAGGAGUUGCUUGAGAUUGGUGCCCAGAAAUUUGGGUUCACUCCCUCCGCGGUUUUCUGCGGAGGAGCUCUUGUUGACGAUUUUGCCCUCAUCAGGGACGGUGACGUCCUCGUUCUUUCUUCUUCUGAUCAUAUUGCUACUGACAAAUGAAAAUAGUUCUCUCUUUUCUUUUUCCUUUUUUUUUUAAAAAAAUGUUUUUUCCAUCCCCUCAUUUUUCCCCGUUUGCAUCUGGAGCAAUAAUAUAUAUGUAUUUCCCGUUUUCUGUAAUGCGGACGAUACAAACACAUUU